GGCGGCGGCGGGGCCGGGGCGCUGUGGCGGGACCAGCGCCGCCAGCGCAGCACUUUCGACGUGGCGGUGGUGGGCGCGGGAAUCGUGGGGCUGGCCUCCGCCCGGGAGCUCGUCCGGCGGCACCCCUCGCUUGCCUUCGCCGUGCUGGAGAAGGAGAAGGAGCUAGCUCAUCACCAAACUGGACAUAACAGUGGUGUGAUUCACAGUGGAAUUUACUACAAACCUGGAUCUCUGAAAGCUAAGCUGUGUGUGCAGGGUGCAGCCCUCUGCUACAAGUACUGUGACCAGAAAGGAAUACCAUAUAAACAGUGUGGGAAGCUAAUUGUAGCCAUUGAACAAGAUGAAAUUCCAAGACUCAAAGCUUUGUAUGAAAGAGGGCUGCAGAACAACGUGCGAGGUCUGAAACUGAUUGGAGCAAAAGAAAUACAAGCGAAAGAACCCUUCUGCAGGGGUCUGAUGGCCCUUGAUUCUCCAUAUACCGGCAUUGUGAAUUAUAAACAAGUGGCCCAGUCCUAUGCUGAAGACUUCCAGGAAGCAGGUGGGACGAUCUUGACUGAUUUUGAAGUUACAAACAUGGAGAUGGCUAAAGAAAGUUCUUCGGAAAGUGAAGAUGGGCUAAAAUACCCAGUCAUUGUUAGGAACUCAAAGGGUGAGGAAAUCUACUGUCGCCAUAUUGUGACCUGUGCAGGACUUUACUCGGACCGCCUGUCUGAGAUCAGUGGCUGCAGCCCUGAACCUCGUAUUGUACCCUUCCGUGGAGAUUAUUUGGUGCUAAAACCAGAAAAGUGCUAUAUGGUUAAAGGAAAUAUUUAUCCGGUUCCCAAUCCUCGAUUCCCUUUUCUGGGAUUUCAUUUCACACCAAGAAUGGAUGGCAGUGUUUGGCUUGGUCCUAAUGCAGUACUAGCCUUUAAGCGAGAGGGCUACAAAUUGUUUGACUUCAGCACUGGAGACUUUCUAGAUGCUGUAACAUACAGUGGGUUAUGGAAGCUUGUGCUGAGAAACUUGUCUUAUGGACUGAGUGAAAUGUACAGAGCGUGUUUCCUUAGCGCACAGGUGAAGCAACUUCAGAAGUUCAUCCCUGAGGUCACCAUCAAUGAUGUACUCAGGGGUCCAUCUGGAGUGAGAGCUCAAGCAUUGGACAGUGACGGAAAUUUGGUAGAUGACUUUGUAUUUGAUGGAGGCAGUGGAGAUAUUGGAAGCAGAAUUCUUCAUGUCAGAAAUGCCCCUUCUCCUGCUGCUACCUCCUCCCUUGCCAUUGCAAAAAUGAUUGCAGAUGAAGUGAAGCAAAGAUUUGAAUUGUGAAUGAUUGACAGAUUUAGUGUGGUUUUACCCCUCUUUUAUGUGUAGCAGUUUGUCUGCAUUGAAUGACCUCUGCAGCCUUUAAUGACAAAGAUAAAACAGGCAACGUGUUGCUUGCAAGACCAGCGCUGGUAUAGCUGUGCAGUGCAAAACCAGCAUUUGAAAUGUUU